UCAUAGCUAUGCUCGUAGGACGCAACACGCCCUUGUUAGCUAUCGGGGUAAACCACAGACGGAACCUUCCAACCGUCAAGCUUGUCCAGCCGCGACUUGCCAGUUACUCUAGAAGGGUUUCGCGUGCGAGCGGGCGUAGGCGUGAGGUAGCAGCGAAACGCGCAGCCAUGCCGGCUGCUAGCCUGCCUAACGGCCGUGGCUCCGAUGUUGAGGUCCUUAAGUCCCCGAAUGACAAGAAGCUGUACCGCUACAUGGUUUUGGAGAAUGGGCUUCGCGUCUUGCUGAUCAGCGACCCGGAAAUGCAGUCGACACCGGCGGCGGAUAACAGUGCUCAGGCUGACGCCGACGCAAUGGAGGUGGAGAACACGUCCGCCGCUCCCGCCUCCCAUCCUAGCGCCGCCACCUGCACCACAAAGGAACACGUGGCGACAGCUGCGGCUGCCAAGAAGCAUCCCGGGCCCAUCGAUGGCGGAGUCAGCAGACGCGGCAAGCGCCGUCGCUCUGGUGGCAGCGGUACGACAGCGGGAGCUGGGUCGGACGGCGAAGAGUCUAGCGGGGACCUGCAGUCAGACGGAGAUGAGGACGAAGACGAGGAGGAGGAGGACGAGGAGGGGGAGAGCGGCAGCGAGGGAGAAGGCGAGGAGGAAAGUGGAGAUGAGAUGGCGUCAGCAAGCGACGAGGGCGAGGAAGAGGAGGAGGAGGAGGGCGAGGAAGAAGAGGCUGGCGGGCGUGGCGGGCGGCGGCGGAAGGGUGGUGGCGGUGGCGGGUCAGGGGGCGGCGCGGAUGCAGCACCCGUGAAGAAGGCUGCUGCGGCUAUGGCUGUGGGUGUGGGCAGCUUCAGCGACCCUGACGACUUGCAGGGUCUGUCCCACUACCUGGAGCACAUGCUGUUCAUGGGCAGCGCCAAGUACCCCUCCGAGAACGAGUACGACGACUUCCUCACGCGACACGGCGGCGCAGCGAACGCCUUCACGGACCUGGAGGUCACCAACUACCACUUCGAGGUGUCCCCGCCCCAUCUGGCGGGCGCGCUGGACCGCUUCGCGCAGUUCUUCAUCAGCCCGCUGUGCGCCGAGGGCAGUCUGGAGCGGGAGGUGCUGGCGGUGGACAGCGAGUUCGCGCAGGUACGGCAGGACGACCACUGCCGGCUUUCGCAGGUGAUGUGCCACACGGCUCGUCCCGGCCACAUCUACCGCAAGUUCAGUUGGGGCAACAAGGCCAGUCUGUGGGAGCAGCCGCGACAGGCGGGAAUAGAUGUACGACAACGGCUUCUGGAGUACUACAAGCAGCACUACGGUGCCGACCGCUCCUGCCUGGUGGUGCUGGGCGGAGAGCCGCUGGAGCAGCUGGCGCAGCUGGUGGCGCGGUGCUUCGCGGACAUGCCGGGUGGCAGGGGGCCGGCGCCGAGCUUCAAGCAGCUGGGGCCGCCAUUCCAGGGUCGUUUCCUGCAUGUGAUUCCCGCGGUUCGCGACAACCACGAGCUGCGCCUCACCUUCCAGCUGCCGCCCCUGCAACGGCUGUACGGCAGCAAGGCCGACUCCUACCUGAGCCACCUGUUGGGACACGAGGGGCGGGGGUCGCUGCUGUCGGCGCUGAAGUCCCGCGGCUGGGCCACUGAGAUCCUGGCUGGCGUGGACGAGGACGGCUACUCCUCCAACACUUGCUGCUCGCUGUUCGGACUGGACAUCAGCCUCACGGAGGCGGGGCUGGCGGCGGGGAGUCCGGCGGGGGCGGGGCUGGGGGUGGUGGCGCUGGUGGCGGCAUACCUGGACAUGAUGAGGAGGGAGGGACCCCAGGAGUGGGUGUGGCAGGAGAUGCGGGCGGUGGCGGAGCAGCGCUGGCGCUUCCUGGAGGAGGGGGACCCGCUGGACGGGGUCAGCAAGCUGGCGGGCGCCAUGCACGUGGUGUCCCCCGCCCACACCCUGGCAGCGGACUACCUGCAUGAGGCCUGGCAGCCGCAGCUGGUGGGGCAGCUGCUGGACUGCAUGAUGGCAGCACCGACAGCAGCUGGGGAGGGGGAGGAGGGGGGAGAGCCGCCGGCCUUCCGGAUCGACCUGAUGACCCGGAGAUACGAGGAGGUCAAGGCCUCCCUGCUGUCUCUCGCCGCCCAGUCCGGUGCCUCCGUACGGCAGGAACAGGAGCCCUGGUUCGGGCUGGAGGUGACCUCCCUGGAGCUGCCGCCCGACCUGGUGCGCGGGUGGGCGCAGCAGCCGCCGCUACCUGAGCUGGCACUGCCGCCUCGCAAUCCCUACCUGCCGCAGGACUUUAGCCUGAGGUGUGAGGACCCGGAGCAGCAGCAGCCGGCCCCCGCCCCGCCCCCGCCGCCCCCCGGCCUGCCCGCACUGCUGGCCUCCCCGCCACAACUGCUGCUAGACAUACCCGGUCUGCGCCUGUGGCACAAGCUGGACACCACCUUCCGUACGCCUCGCGCUGCCGUACACUGGCGGCUGUUCUCCCCCGCGGGUCACACCGACCCACGGGUCGCCGCCGCCUCCCACCUCACCCUCAAGCUGCUCGAGGAGGCGCUGCGGGAGGACGCCUACCUGGCUGACGUGGCGGGACUGCACUACGCGACCAGCCCCGAGGGACUGGCGGGCAUGGAGUUCCGAGUGGACGGUUUCAGUGACAAGCUGGGGGUGCUGGUGGGCCGGCUGGCGGGGGCGCUGACGGCACUGGGGCGGGUGGAGCUGGGGGGAAAGCAGGGGCAGGAGCAGGGACAGCAGCAGCAGGGGCAGGGGCAGCAGGAGGGUGCAGUCGGUGCAGUGGCGGUCGCCCCCGGAGGUGACCAGCUGGUGAUCAGCGGCGAGUGGCUGGCGGGCCAGUUCGGUGCGGUGCGGGAGGCGCUGGUGCGCAAGUACCGCAACAUGAACAUGGAGGUUGGCAAGCACGCCAGCUACUCGCGGCUGUUCGUGCUGUGCUCCCGCGCGUUGCACUGCGACGACAUCCUGACCCACAUGGAGAGCCUCACACCCGAGGACAUCCCCCCCUUCGUCUCCUCGCUGCUGUCGCGCUGCCACGUGGAGGCCUUCGUGCACGGCAACGUCACGGCAGCAGGGGCGCGGCAGCUGGCGGCGGCGGUGACGGGAGCGCUGGGCGAGGGGUGUUGCAUGGGGGCGGAGGAGCGCGUGAGGGACCGCUGUGUGGUGGUUCCGGUGGUGGAGGAGGCGGGGGCGAGGGCGGCGCGGCAGGGCGGAGAGAAGAAGGAGAACAAGGAGGGGGAAGGCGGUGGGGUUGCGGAGGAGGUGGUGCUGGCGGAGGGGGAGGGGGGUACGGUGGUGCGACUGCUGGCGAAGAACCCCGAGGAGGAGAAUGCGGCGCUGGAGGUGUACUACCAGCUGGGGCCCGCCACCGACCCACGGGACCGUGCCCUGCUGGACCUCAUCGACCAGAUCCUGUACGAGCCCUGCUACGACACCCUGCGCACCAAGCAGCAGCUGGGAUACAGCGUGUACAGCGGCACUCGGCUGACCAGCGGCGUGAGCGGCUUCUGCAUUCAGGUGGUGUCGGCGCGCCACCCCCCCGAGUACCUGGACCGCUGUGUGGAGUCCUUCCUUGCUUCCAUGGCUCCCCGCCUCGCCGGCCUCACACCCGCCGAGCUCGCCACCCACGUCGCCGCCCUCACCGCCUCCAAGCUGCAACGCGACCGCAGCUUGGUGGAGGAGGCGGGGCGGCAGUGGGAGCACAUCUCCAGCACCCGCUACGACUUCCUGAGCCGGGAGCAGGAGGUGGCGGCGCUGGGCGGGGUGAGUGUGGCGGAUGUGUAUGACACGUUUGUACGGUACCUCGCGCCCCCAUCGGCGGUGGGGAAGCAGGGGG